GAGGGUGCUCGGGGCUCGCGAGCUGGUCGGCGGCCGAGGCGGCGGAGGAGGAGCUGAAGGCGGCGGCCGCGGCUCCCGCCCGCACGGAGAGCCAGUCCCGCGAAGCCCCCUCCCACUCCCAGGCGGGCGGGCGGCGGCGGCAGAAGGAGGAGAAGGAGGAGGGAGCGUCUCUGCCGCCGCCUCCUGGUCCCCAGCGCCGAUCUGCCGCCGCCACCUCCCUCCGCGGCGAUCUUCCCUCCAUGGUCCUGCCGCGGCCCCCCCUGUAGCCCGAGCUGCCCCGCGCCGCGCCGGAGCCUGCCUCGACCGAGGGAGCGGUCGCGGCCUCGCGGCCCGCGCGGGCUGACGAGAGGAGAGCGAGGCGCCGCGCGGUCCCCGAGGAUCCGCACGCCGGGCAGCGCGGCCCGAGCAGCGCGAGGAGCAGCGGGCGGGCGGGCGGCGCCGGGCCCGGGCCGCCCUCGCUCCAGCGCCCCGGCCCUGCCGCCCGCGCCGGGGCGGUCGCCCGCAGAGGAAGGCGCCGCAGUCUCCGGGCCUCGCCGCCCCGCUCGAGUGUCCUCGGCACCGAGGGCUCGCGGGUCCUGAGGGGAGGAGGCGAGCCAGGGGCCGGGCACUGAGCUCUUUGGCGCCCCCACCCCCGUUUUCGGAGCCCUCCACGCUGCGGCCACUGUCCCCUCCGGACCAUGGCCGACGACGACGUGCUGUUCGAGGAUGUGUACGAGCUGUGCGAGGUGAUCGGCAAGGGUCCCUUCAGUGUUGUACGACGAUGCAUCAACAGAGAAACUGGGCAACAAUUUGCUGUAAAAAUUGUUGAUGUAGCCAAGUUCACAUCAAGUCCAGGGUUAAGUACAGAAGAUCUAAAGCGGGAAGCCAGUAUCUGUCAUAUGCUGAAACAUCCCCACAUUGUAGAGUUAUUGGAGACAUAUAGCUCAGAUGGAAUGCUUUACAUGGUUUUUGAAUUUAUGGAUGGAGCGGAUCUGUGUUUUGAAAUCGUAAAACGAGCUGACGCUGGUUUUGUAUACAGUGAAGCUGUGGCCAGUCAUUACAUGAGACAGAUACUGGAAGCUCUACGCUAUUGUCAUGAUAACAACAUAAUUCACAGGGAUGUGAAGCCCCACUGUGUUCUCCUUGCCUCAAAGGAAAACUCGGCACCUGUUAAACUUGGGGGCUUUGGGGUAGCUAUUCAAUUAGGGGAGUCUGGACUUGUAGCUGGAGGGCGAGUUGGAACACCUCAUUUUAUGGCCCCAGAAGUUGUCAAAAGAGAGCCUUACGGAAAACCUGUAGAUGUCUGGGGUUGUGGCGUGAUCCUUUUUAUCCUGCUAAGCGGUUGUUUGCCUUUUUAUGGAACCAAGGAAAGAUUGUUUGAAGGCAUUAUUAAAGGAAAAUAUAAGAUGAAUCCAAGGCAGUGGAGCCAUAUCUCUGAAAGUGCCAAAGACUUAGUACGCCGCAUGCUGAUGCUGGAUCCUGCUGAAAGGAUCACUGUUUAUGAAGCACUGAAUCACCCAUGGCUUAAGGAGCGGGAUCGUUAUGCCUACAAGAUUCAUCUUCCAGAAACAGUAGAACAACUGAGGAAAUUUAAUGCAAGGAGGAAACUAAAGGGUGCAGUACUAGCAGCUGUUUCAAGUCACAAAUUCAACUCAUUCUAUGGGGACCCCCCUGAAGAGUUGCCAGACUUCUCCGAAGACCCUACCUCCUCAGGACUUCUAGCAGCAGAAAGAGCAGUCUCACAGGUGCUGGACAGCCUGGAAGAAAUUCAUGCACUUACAGACUGCAGUGAAAAGGACUUAGAUUUCCUACACAGUGUUUUCCAGGAUCAGCAUCUUCACACACUACUAGAUCUAUAUGACAAAAUUAACACAAAAUCUUCACCGCAAAUCAGGAAUCCUCCGAGUGAUGCAGUACAGAGAGCCAAAGAGGUAUUGGAAGAAAUUUCAUGUUACCCUGAGAAUAACGAUGCAAAGGAACUAAAGCGUAUUUUAACACAACCUCAUUUCAUGGCCUUACUUCAGACUCACGAUGUAGUGGCACAUGAAGUUUACAGUGAUGAAGCAUUGAGGGUUACACCUCCUCCCACUUCUCCCUAUUUAAAUGGUGAUUCUCCAGAAAGCGCAAAUGGAGACAUGGAUAUGGAGAACGUGACCAGAGUUCGCCUGGUCCAGUUCCAAAAGAACACAGAUGAACCAAUGGGAAUCACUUUAAAAAUGAAUGAGCUAAAUCACUGUAUUGUUGCAAGAAUCAUGCAUGGGGGCAUGAUUCAUAGGCAAGGUACACUUCAUGUCGGAGAUGAAAUUCGAGAAAUCAAUGGCAUCAGUGUGGCUAACCAAACAGUGGAACAGCUGCAAAAAAUGCUUCGGGAAAUGCGGGGGAGUAUCACCUUCAAGAUCGUGCCAAGUUACCGCACUCAGUCAUCGUCCUGUGAGAGAGAUUCCCCCUCCACUUCCAGACAGUCCCCAGCUAAUGGUCAUAGCAGCACUAACAAUUCUGUUUCGAUCUAUGUAAGAGCACAAUUUGAAUAUGAUCCAGCCAAGGAUGACCUCAUCCCCUGCAAAGAAGCUGGCAUUCGAUUCAGAGUUGGUGACAUUAUCCAGAUUAUCAGUAAGGAUGAUCACAAUUGGUGGCAGGGUAAACUGGAAAACUCCAAAAAUGGAACUGCGGGUCUCAUUCCUUCUCCAGAACUUCAGGAAUGGCGAGUCGCUUGCAUUGCCAUGGAGAAGACCAAACAGGAGCAGCAAGCCAGCUGUACUUGGUUUGGCAAGAAAAAGAAGCAGUACAAAGAUAAAUAUUUGGCAAAGCACAAUGCAGAUCUUGUUACAUAUGAAGAAGUAGUAAAACUGACAGCAUUCAAAAGGAAAACACUAGUCUUGUUAGGUGCGCAUGGUGUUGGGAGAAGACACAUAAAAAACACCCUCAUCACAAAGCACCCAGACCGGUUUGCGUACCCUAUUCCACACACCACCAGACCUCCAAAGAAAGAUGAAGAAAAUGGAAAGAAUUAUUACUUUGUAUCUCAUGACCAAAUGAUGCAAGACAUCUCUAAUAACGAGUACCUGGAGUAUGGCAGCCACGAGGAUGCAAUGUACGGGACAAAACUGGAGACCAUCCGGAAGAUCCAUGAGCAAGGGCUGAUCGCAAUACUGGACGUGGAGCCUCAGGCACUGAAGGUCCUGAGAACUGCAGAGUUUGCUCCUUUUGUUGUUUUUAUUGCCGCACCAACUAUCACUCCAGGUUUGAAUGAGGAUGAAUCUCUUCAGCGUCUGCAGAAGGAGUCUGACAUCUUACAGAGAACAUAUGCACACUACUUCGAUCUCACAAUUAUCAACAAUGAAAUCGAUGAGACAAUCAGACAUCUGGAGGAAGCCGUGGAGCUCGUGUGCACAGCCCCGCAGUGGGUCCCGGUCUCCUGGGUCUAUUAGGCCUCUCCCCAGAUAUCUGCCGCAUAACUGGGAGCCACCUCAUACAUGGAAAAGCCUCUGUUAUCGGCCUUGUGUCAGCAGGUCGUGGUCCCUAGAGACUACCUAGUUGUAGUGUGACCUACAUUUAUAAUUAUUGUCAUGUCCGAAUAGAUAGGAGGAGAAAAACAAUUACACACUAAUUUAAAGAGACAGUAUCUUUUUUAAUCAGUUCUCCUAAACUUUAAUAAAAUGUAUCUUUAAAUGUAUGUAUUAUUCAAUCCUUUGGAAUGUUAUAUUUUUGGAAAUCAUAGCUUUUUAUUUCCAAGGCCCCUAAAAACUGCACAAAAUAGAUGCUGCUUUCUAUAAUCUAUUUUAAUAAUAAUAAACAAUGAUUCUGUUACCUUGACUGGGGUUGGAACACUACAUUCUUUUUAGAGUCUGAUUUUAUGGAUUGGAAUAUCUUUCUUUCCUUUAUUUAUUUGAAAUAAUCAGUCUAGUGAUUACAAAACUCAUAAAUUUUUAAAGGCCUUUUUUUUCCUUUUUUUUUUUUAGAACAGUAUUUUUUUUAAGUCCUUUAUGUAACAUCCAGAUAAUGUGAUACUGUCUCUUUGAAGCACCCUGUAAACCUUUUAGAGAUUUGAAGUUGGGUCUUGACUCUUAAUGCAUGUGGACAGUCGCGAGCGUUUAUGCUGUCGGUGUGUCUGUGUUGGACAAAACAAUCUGUAAUCUACAGCAAAGUACAUUCCGUUCACGGGGCACACCCAGGGGAAUAAGAAUAAAAUGCUAUUAUGACUAAGUUGUAAACCUAUGCACAUCCCUUGCAUUUCGGGCAACUUUAUAAAAAACAAACAAAAAGAAACUGAUUUUUAUUAAUAAUAAUCAAUCAUGUAGUGAAAUGUGUUUGUAAUUUUGUCUCAAUUUAAUUUGUUGUAAGGUGGGAGGGGGAAUUGCUGGUUUCACCAUUUCAGAUCUGUGUUGUCUGAGAGUAUUAACGUUUUAAUUAAGCAAAGAAAUGAGGAUUUUUAAUAUGUAUGUAAUUGUUUUAAAGCACCCAUUUUAAGAGAAUAUACUGUGCAAUGAAGAAACCAGUUUAGGCAUUUGCUAUAAACUGAAUUAUUCCAAAAGAAUAAUCUAUAACAGCCCUGUAAAUUCCUUUAAAAUGAUAACUAACAGGACAGUUUGACCAAUUUUUUUUUAAAUAUACUUCCUUUUAUGUGUUCAAUAAUUAAAUGCCUUUGGGUCCUUCAUUUCAUUAUAGAUUUGUUCAGGUUUACAAGGUGAUGAUCUUUUAGAUUUUAUAAUCCAUUAGAUGCUCACUGAAACAUCAAAGGCCCAGGAAUGACUAUCAGUUAGCAGGACAACAAAAUACUCUGCACCCAAGGGCCACUAAUGUGCACCUGUGCUUUCUCCUUCCUCUUGCUAUAUCCCUUGGCACAGGAGAAUCAUGUCCUUGUUGCUUUAGAGACAUUAACCAUCUCAUCACCCUUCCGUGAGGUCACAUUCUUCCAAUACGGGAGAUUCAGGCUGCGGGGGUGGGUCUUCUGACUCUUUGCCAGAGGUCAGUGGAAGGUUUUUCAUGAGAGUGUCUGUCAGGGUGUGAAGUGGUUCUAUUAACCUGAGAUCCUUGAAAAAUAUACCAUCAAGUUUGCUUCUUGUCGGUUAGAUGGCCUCAUUGCUUCGUGCCCUGGCAGGAUGUGCAGGAUGUGUUCUGAGCGGAACAGCUCCUCUAUGAAGGACCACGCCGAGAAUGCAUUUGUAUACUCUUUUUAGGGUGUCACCCUCCCCUCCCACCUACUCUUAUUAAACAAUGCUGAUUUUUUCUCUGAUGUUGUCCUUUGUGGGUAACCAGAUGAGUAUACAACUUACAAAGUGCUGAGUAAACUGCUUCUGUUGGGACCCACAGCAGGGUGACCAAACCACCAAACCAGAGACACCGUGGAUGGAGGGAGAAACCCCAAGAGCUGAUUAGGGCUGUGUUAGGACUGAUUUAAAUCUACCUGAUGCCAAGGCCAGGCAGUCAUUCCCGUGAUGGUACUGGUCACAAUCCGGGCUCUUCUCAGUGUGAAACUGCCCGCUCUACCUCUUUUCCAGUGAAGCACAAAGAAGAAUACAACUAACACCUGAGAACAGAAGCUCCCUCCCUCUGGUAGAAACCCCACUUGUCCUCUGAGACCAAAUCUCCAGAGAUGCUCGACGAUGCCUGUCUUAAGCCACCCACCAUGCUGAUGAAGGUGGGUCAUGCAGAGGAAGAGAAAAGCAAUGCCAGUGUAAAUGUCUGGCCCCAGGAUUGAGAAGCACUGUAGCACUCAUCCUCUCUCCUCCAACACUUUAUGAGUCCUCAGAGAAGCACACAGACAGGUGGCAUUCUCACCAUUGUGCGGGUGGCAAAAUUCCUGCACCCAGAACUCAUUCUAACUUCUCAGAGGUCGUCUGUUCCCUUCCACUAAUACACGUCUUCUCUCAAGCAGUGUCUUUUUGACCUAGCAGAAAAUACUUAAAUUUCUGAAUCCAGAGUAAUUUCGGUACAUUGCUGCUGCGCCUCCAUUACAGUUGUCCACUAAGCAAUCAGAAAAUUGCUAAAAAGCUGCUUUACUGUUUCCAUUCCAUCAACAAAAUCAUUUUUUUCCUUUAAAAGAACAGAGCGAAUGAUUAGAUUAUUAAAUCUUAGCACUGAUCAAUUGAGCCAUGUUCUAAGGGCUCUCUUUCCAACCCCAUUGCCCGCAGCAAGAAAUGGGGUGUUUUUCAUAUGUCAAAUUAUCUAUUAAAAAGAAUGUCCUGAACUUCUAAUCAUAAAACGGUUAAUUACUUUGCACACGCAGCAUGUUCCAUUCUAACACUAAAAAGGAAAAUGUCAAUUUAAUUCAGGAAGCUUCCCAGUGUCAAGAUAAUAUGGUAGCUUUUUUAAAUGCAAUUAAGUGUAACUCCUGUCAAGUGAGAUGGUUUAAAAUAUUUGCUCAGAGAGGAAAAGAAAUGGGUGACCUACUUCUUGCAAUUUGCAUUCAGAAGGCAUCUUCUGAGCCCGUCCCAUUGGUAGUGGGAUGUCAGAAGAUGCUGCAAAGCCCUCACCGCACAAAAGGGUCAGCACAUGCUCCCUUCCCCGGGGUCCAUUCCAUCUCCCACCGCUGGGGCCAGCCCGCCAGGCCUGGCCUCCAUGCUACAGUUAUUUUUUUAAAACCUUUGAUCUCAUUACUGCAGAUGAGGUUUUUUGGUUUGUUUUUAAAUCACUUGUAGUUAAUCUGUUCGUUAAGGCUUUGAGUUCAUUCCUUGAAAAAGUGUAGUCAGUUGAGCCACCCUUGGGGAAACAGAGGUGGAGAUGCCCAGCGUGGACACUGCCCCUUAAGGACAGGCAGCCCAAAACAAACGCUCUUGUCUCCCACUGAUAUCCUUUUCUUCAUUUCAGGUCAAUCUCUUGGGGCAAAGAGAACGUGCCACUAAAGCUAGCAAGAACAUUUCUUGAUUAAUAAAUUCUUAAUUUUAACACCUCCCACGCUGUCUCCUUGGAAAGAGGAGAAGGCAACUUGCAAUCAGCAUUCCAAACAAGCCCCUUCUCAUCCUCACCCCUCCUGCUUAUUUCCUAUCAUCAAACUGGUGUGUGUGCGUGCGCGCGCACGUGUGUGUGUGUGUAUGUGUGUGUUGGGGGGGAGGGGCUUGUUUUUCCAGAACUGGACACAGCCUCCUAAUUCCAUCCUCUUUACAAGGGGUUAUGAUACCAAGGUCCCCGAGCAUUCUUUCUCUUGUUCUGUGCCUCUGAUUAAUUCUCCUCUUAGAAAGCUCUUUUGCUUCUCACUGCAGCUUACAGAGGGGCUACAAGCUUGACUCAUAAAUCGUUUCAUUUGGUAGAAAUUUCCCACUUUUUACCCCUUUAGAAGUAAGGUCUUCCUCUACAUUUGGUGUCUUCAGUUACAGGACGUUGCCUGUAAGGCUCAAGGCUUGGUUGGCUUUGCCCACACCCAGUUAUCAGUUUGCCUUAAACUUGGAGCUAUUGGGAGUCUCAGGUCUUCCAGCUUAGUGAGUGAAGUGUAGGUGUGACAUGCGUCCAGGAAGUGGGAGAAAGGGACAAAAAGAGUAUGUUCACCAGUCCACAUCCCUUUAUCUGGUCUUUUCUCUGCUACUCUUGGGCUGCAGAAGGUGGGCAGACCUGGCCCAUAGAAGGAGGAAGGCCGCACCAUCUCUAGGCCAGGCAUUGCCAAGUCUUAUCUCUUCAUGGGGGAAGAUAGAAAAUCCAGAGCUCCCACCACCCCUCACUAACCAUCAACUCUCUUGACCCUGUGCAAAUGGACCGAGCAAAAGAAAUUGGGAAGAGGUGUUUGGCACAGGAGACCUCGUUUCUGGCCCCAAGCACAAUUCGCUAUCUAUGUAUGCGCAGAAACUUGGAGCUUCACUGCCAUUUCUGUGUUCCUUCCCUUCUCUCCCGCACGUGACCAAAGGAACGUGCCAGUGGUCUCGCCAAUAGAGCCCUGGGGGUGACCAUCUUGGGACCCAGAGGCCAUGCAGUCUCUUCAAAGGAGUUCUGCUUGGGGGUAGAAAUAGGUGUUCCCCCACAGUGUGUGGCCCCAGCUAUUAUUUUCAUUUUCAAGAGACCAAGAAUUGGAGAAAUCGAUUUUCGGUCUCUGCUGUGUCCCUGGAUGGCGCCCGUGCAGGCGGUGGGAGGCUAUGGGGGCAGCAGGCCCCGGGGCUGAUGCGAAGGCCACACGAUCCUCACGUGUGGAGGCCACAGCAUCAUGUUUAAUUGCCAGGCAGAUGCGUCGCCGUUCAAGCUCAGUUCUGGGGUUGUUUUGCAUAAAGUUUUGCCAAUGUGUUUUUGUUUGUUUUUUUCUGUAUGUAUAAUUGCCUUUUUAUAAAAGGUUUUGAAGUAUUGUCUCAGUGAUAAAAAGAGAGCGAUGUUAACAGUUGUAUAUUUCACCGUAUCCAAUUGUAAGUAUUUGAAGGGUACAGCGAAGCCUUAGCGUGCAAGAGCGUUUGUGCAGGAGGUAUCCUCUGACACCCAGGAGGUGAGGGGAUCGGAAAGUUUCGGAUUCUUUGUAAAUGCCCCGCUUUUCUUUCUCUCUGUGUGUAUCUAUUUACAUGCCUUAGCACACGCCCUCCCACCCUGAUCCCUUUGCCCUGUCGCCAGAUCAACCAGAACGCUGGUGCACUGCCGGUACAGGACAAGUCGACAGAACCCUAAUCAGUUAUCUCUCGUGUGCCAGGGGAGGAAGAGAAACUCCAUAGUAUUCUUUGUAGAAUAUACAUACCUGUAGGAUGCUGUGUAAUGGGAAACCAUAGAAUUGGGCUUUUGUCAUUUCAAAGUUGGAGAAAUGUAUGAAUAAAAUGUAUA